AGAGCAAUUGUUGUUCUUGAAGAAUCAAUAAAUUGAAGGAGAAAUAAAGGGUUGUGAAAGGAUGAAGUGAGAGAGGAAGUGGGGAAAUCAGCUUCUGAAAGAAUGAUUGAAACUACCCAACACAUUCUCUCAACUUCCAAUUCCAAUUCCAAAUAACAUAUAAUAAUCAUAAUCUUGUAUUAUUGAUUCUUGACCCUUUCAAACCCUAACCCAAUUCCAAUGGCUUCAUCGGAGAUUGAGGUCGUUUCAUCGGACUCCAAACCCAAUGACCGUCCUCCAAUACUCGACGUCUUCACUGCCUCUUCUCAUGGCGACUUUCACAAAUUGAGGUCUUUUGUUCAAUAUGACGGCGCCUCCGUUUCCGUUCCCGAUGUUAAUGGUUAUUAUGCUCUUCAAUGGGCUUCCCUUAACAACUUUCAUGAAAUUGUGCACUAUCUCAUUCAGCAUGGAGCUGAUGUCAAUGCUAAAGACAACAUGCAACAAACGGCAUUGCAUUGGGCGGCUGUUCGUGGUUCAACUGCGGCAGCUGAUGUGCUCUUGGAGAAUGGUGCUCGGGUUGAAGCUGCUGACAUAAAUGGAUAUCGGGCAGUUCAUGUUGCUGCACAAUAUGGACAGACAGCUUUCUUAAAUCAUGUUGUGGUAAAGUACAAUGCUGAUUUUGAUGUGCCUGAUAAUGAUGGAAGGAGUCCUCUUCAUUGGGCUGCAUAUAAGGGAUUUGCCGAUACGAUAAGAUUGCUUCUAUUUAGAGAUGCAAGUCAAGGAAGACAAGAUAAAGAUGGUUGUACUCCGUUGCACUGGGCUGCAUUAAGAGGACAUGCAGAGGCAUGUGCUGUGCUUGUACAUGCAGGCACAAAGGAGGAAUUGUUGGUGAAGGAUAAUGCUGGCUUCACUCCUGUACAACUUGCAUAUGAUAAAGGUCAUCGGCAUGUCACUUCUUUCCUUUCUAAUCAACAACGAGGUCGUAGCAAAUACUGGAGAGGUAAACUUUGUAAUGGGAUGGUGACAGAUAUUGGUUAUGCUCCCAUCUUAUUGUGUAUUAUAGUCUUUCUUAUGAUCCUCUUCAUCAACUCAGUCAUUGCAGCUCCCAACCUUAAAAAGAUUACUGCAAUUGUUGGAAUUUGGGCAUGGACAGCUCUUUCUUUGACAGUUGGUGCCCUGAUUAUGUUUUAUAGGUGUAGUAGUAAAGAUCCAGGUUAUAUAAAACGGCCGGGAGACUUGGAUACACAAAGUGAUACGGAGGAUCCUUUAUUGAAUAUUGACCUGAAUAGUUCCUCUGUUUGGAUGGGAAAUUGGUCUCAACUUUGCCCUACCUGCAAGAUAAUAAGACCUGUCCGAUCCAAGCAUUGUCCUACUUGUAAGCGCUGUGUGGAACAGUUUGACCACCAUUGUCCGUGGAUAUCUAACUGUGUUGGGAAGAGGAACAAGAGGGAUUUCUUUAUUUUUAUCUGCAUGGGAACUUUGACUUCUUUCCUAGCUGCUGCCAUUGCAGUUCAAAGAAUUUGGACAUCUACACCUGCAUUACCAGCAGGAGAAACGUGGACCCAUCAUGUGUUAGUAAGAUAUCCAGGUCUUCUUGUGUUUUUGGUGAUGGAUGCUGUUGUUUUCAUUGCAGCUACAACAUUAACGAUAACACAGGCCUCCAUGGAAAUGAUAGUGUCAUUUUUGGGAAAAACAGAGAGACGAGUUUACCUCUGCUGGAAGCCACCAUUUCAUGUGCAAGAAUUCACAAGUUCUGUAUAAGAGUUGUUUACCUUUCUCUCUCCCAAAAUGAAAUGUCAAAUUUAGGAAAAAGGAGAUAUCCACGAAUGAUAUAUUUUCCUUCAGUUAAACAGCUUGUUUCAGAGAAAGCUUCGAAAUAUACAAGCAUCUCUCUUUUGCACACAUUCAGGAUUUUCAUGUUUGUAAACUGUAAUGCAGAUAGCUCGAAAUGUCACCACAAAUGAACUAGCGAAUUCCUCCCGUUAUGAAUAUCUUCGUGGUCCUGAUGGGCGGUUCAGAAACCCAUAUAACCACGGUUGUUGGAAGAAUUGUGCUGACUUUCUUUCUCUGGGCUACACAGAUGAUAAUGUUAUUGCUUGGCCACCAUUACAGCGGGUGGUGAUUUAGAAAAAUCUCUUUUGCCGUGUAUGCAUUGUAUUACAUAGCUCUAAUUCAUAGAUAUAUAGAUGAUAGUCAUUUUUCAGCUAGGCUGUAAACAUUCACCGACACAUGUACAUUUUGUUACAGAGCACAGAAAUAAAACAUUUUCUUUUGGGCCAUAAGAAAAUACAAAUUAUUUGAUGC